AUGGCGUAUCCUCUCUCCCAGAGCACUGAAUCGACCUCCCCAUUUGGCCCAGUCGCUAUUACAGGACCAUCAUCAAUGCCAAAUGUUUCCAAACGCCUUCUCCAGGUCAGAGGUGUCCAUUUGCCAGGCUCCAUAGUCGCGCUGACCAUCUGCCUUGCAAUUGCACAGUACGGCCAGAAGGCACCAAGCCCUGCAUUUUGGAAACGUGCUGAUACUGGUGAGCGCUCACCGUGGCGGAGGAGGAUCUGGACGAGUUGUAGCUGUUGUGUCGUACUUGGUUGGGUAGGUGGUCCAGAGCAACACCUAGGAGUUACCGUACCGUGGCCGUAUUCCGGGCACAACACCAAAUCCACGGGGAUGAACUCGUACCAUAUCUGUACAGCAUGUCGCCGAAGACUGACCAAAAUUCGACCCCUCAACCCUUCGCAAUGGAUCUUCCGAGCCACAUUUAUAUCUUUCAACAGCAACAAGCCACGAAUCACGAUAGAUGAGACGACCAAAACCGGUGAUAAUGCAUCGGCACAGGGAGAGGAAGAAGGGGCCACGAAGGAGAGGAGCUCUAGCUGGAACCCCCUUCCCAGGAGACGAAUACCCAGGGCUGUGGAGAACAAACAAGGAGACAUCCUCGAAUCGCUUUUUGAACAAACUCUCUCACCGAAAUCCACAGAAGAUGGCUCUCUCCAACCUCAAUUCUCUCUAGAGCCCUACCAGAAUGCCGAAACCCUUAAGAAAAUGCUUGAAGAGAAUAGUUCGGUGGGGGAUUCCUGGCAUUUCUUCAUGGAGCAUUUCGGCCCAGACAUUUGGCUCCAAAACCGACAGACUAUGCCAUCCUACGUGAAUACUCCAGCAAGGCUACUUUUGAGACAACUCACUCAAGCAAAAUCUCGCGAUCCAUUCUCUAAAACCCUUCCAACCGUCUCGGAAUUGUCUUGGGCAUACUUGAAAUUGGGGUUGCUUCACGGUCAAGAUUGGGCAGAUUUGGUCUUCAUUUUGAUUGAAAAUAUCAUAAUCUUGAGACGAGAGUCCUUAAAAGACCUCGCCAGAGAAGAACGGAUUCUUAUGGAUCUUCUCGGAGCCUGGAACGUUAUCUGCCGGCAGUCCGACCUCCCUUCCUUAUCCCCAUCGCCUGAUGAUCCCACUUCAUACAAUUGGUCGAGUGUACCUCAUAUCUCCAAAAACGACGUGGUCCAGACAGAACGAAAGCGCGGUACUCUGGGUGGAGCUUUAGCUCCUUUCGCUCUCCUAGCUCCGUCAUUUCCGUUCCGCCAGCUGAACAGCAUCCCUCUGAUCACUGUUGCAACAUUCGUCCUGCUCGAAAAAGACCUUACUCUUGACAAAAGCACUAUUUUGGACGCUGCUCCCUUUCUAUCUGCAUUACGAAAUGCACUUGGAGGCUCUGGGUAUGAUGUUAGUCAACUAUUUGAGGCUGCACAUGGCCCGGGUGUGGAAGCUGUUUCGGACUUCGUCGUUCGAGAGUGGCCUAUGGUAAGGGAUACGGUUUUGAAGAAGACAGAACCCCAGAAAGUAUCCGCACCUGCUUCGGAAAUAGCACAGGACAAUCUUUCCGCUAAGCCUUACAUGGAACUUGAUUUAUACAAGCGACUAGAGAAUGCUUUCAAACUGCGAGAUGGCCCCCAAGUCGACAGGCUAUGGGCAAAUGCCAUGGAAUUACCAGUUUCUCAGGAUUCCAAACAAGAUGAUGCCUCUUCCACUGACAUCGAUAAGGGAAUGAAGACUUUAUCUCCGAAAUUGUACAAUUUCUUCAUCAUGGCCUAUAUGGGGCUCCGGAAGCCAAAUCGUGCUAUCGAUGUAUGGAAUCACAUGGUUGGCAAUGGGUUGACUCCAAAUGUUAAAACUUGGACCUCGAUGCUUUCUGGAUGCAAAGUCGCAAGAGAUAAAAACGCACUUGAAUCUAUAUGGGAAAGGAUGCAAAAGUCACAGGUUAAGCCUGACGUUCCGUGUUGGACCGCGCGUAUCAGUGGACUCAUAGAUCUCGGCCGACCAGAGGCAGGACUGGAAGCUCUGAGCGAAAUGGGUCAUUUAUGGAUGGCGGCAAAUAGAAGAAAGAAAGGGAACAAGAAGCCAGAGGUAUUGCCCGUCGCUCUGCAAGAUGCUGUAAAGCCUACGAUUGAGACUAUCAACGCAGCAAUCUCUGGUCUUCUACGAAAGCGGAAGGAUGAGGCAGCCUCCCGGGUACUUGAUUGGGCCAACAAACUAGAUAUUCGUCCUGAUGCCGCUACCUUUAACAUCCUUCUUCGUCCCUUAAUUCGAGAUGGCCGAUCCCAAGAAGUCAAGGCGCUUCUGCAGCAAAUGCACAGCUUGGGCAUCCCUGCUGACACGACGACUUUCACUGUCAUUCUGGAAGAGACAUUUCGUAACAUUGGCGAUCAAAGCCCUGAACGACUAGUUGAGAUCGUAUCUGGGAUCUUCUCAGAGAUGUCGAGUGUAGGCAUCGAAGCAAGUCUGCACACUUACAGCAGAGUUAUCUACCAGCUGUUGCAAAUAGUGCAGGAAGACAUGACAGCUGUGAACGCCGUUCUCGAACGGAUGGCCAAGCAAGGCCUGCAGGCCUCACCUCACAUCUACACCAUGCUCAUAGAGCAUCAUUUUAGCCUACAGCCACCUAACCUCGACGCCGUCAGGAACCUGGUCGACGCCGCCCGUCUCAGAGCCGGUAGCACGGAUAACGUGUUCUGGGAUCGUGUUAUUGAGGGUUAUGCUAGGGCUGGCGAUACGGCUUCAGCGUUGCGGAUACUUGGGAAACUUAAUGAUAAGGCGAAUGAGGCUAGUUAUUAUACGCUGAGGACGUUGCUAGUUGCCUUGGUUCAAAAUCAGGAGUUGGAUCUUGCGAGGACGUUGGUGCAGAAUACAAGAAUCGAUCGUGGAGGACCGCUUCCAGCUUCUGAGCGAGGGAAGGAUGGGCAGCACGAGUUCUGGGCUCUGGCUAGGGAGUUGCACAUGUUAGAGGUAUGA